UUCGGAGCACCGGCUUCUGACAGGGCAAAGGGAGCUGCCACUCACCAGUUUCGAGUGGCAGCCGAGGCGGCGGGGCUGGUUUAAAGGCGCAUCUCCAGAACUGUUGCCUUUCAGAGCUACCGAUUCGGCGAUUGAGGUUGAAGGCGAGCCAUUGCUGCACACAGAUACAUCAGUAUGCCUGGAUCUCUACCUGUGAAUGCUGAAGCCUGUUGGCCAAAAGAUGUGGGAAUUGUAGCUUUGGAGAUCUAUUUUCCUUCCCAGUAUGUUGACCAGAUAGAGUUAGAGAAAUUUGAUGGAGUGGAUGCAGGAAAAUACACCAUUGGUUUGGGACAAUCCAAGAUGGGCUUCUGUUCUGACAGAGAGGAUAUCAAUUCACUCUGCCUCACUGCAGUCCAGAAGCUAAUGGAGAGGAACAGUCUGUCAUACGAUUGCAUUGGAAGACUUGAAGUUGGAACGGAGACAAUCAUUGACAAAUCCAAAUCUGUAAAGACAGUCCUGAUGCAGCUCUUUGAAGAAUCUGGUAACACAGAUGUGGAGGGCAUUGACACAACAAAUGCAUGCUAUGGAGGCACAGCUGCACUCUUCAAUGCCAUUAACUGGGUGGAAUCUAGUUCCUGGGAUGGGCGUUACGCACUUGUUGUUGCUGGAGACAUAGCUGUAUAUGCCACUGGGAAUGCCAGACCAACUGGAGGAGCUGGUGCUGUUGCUAUGCUUGUGGGUCCAAAUGCACCCCUCAUUUUUGAACGGGGAUUGCGUGCAACCCAUAUGCAGCAUGCAUAUGACUUUUAUAAACCUGAUAUGGUAUCUGAGUAUCCUGUGGUAGAUGGCAAGCUAUCCAUACAAUGCUACCUCAGUGCACUGGAUCGCUGUUACAAUGUCUAUCGAAAGAAAAUCUGUGCUCAGUGGCAGAAAGAGGGAAUUGACAAAGACUUCACCCUGAAUGAUUUUGGCUUCAUAAUCUUCCAUUCUCCAUAUUGCAAACUUGUUCAGAAAUCUGUAGCCCGCCUGCUGCUAAAUGACUUUCUUAAAAACCCAACACCCUCGAAAGAAAAUGACAUUUAUAGUGGCCUGGAAGCAUUUAGAGAUAUAAAACUGGAAGACACCUACUUCGACAGAGAUGUGGAAAAAGCUUUUAUGAAGGCUAGCUCUGAAAUCUUCAGCCAAAAAACAAAGGCUUCUUUGCUCGUCUCCAAUCAAAAUGGAAAUAUGUAUACACCAUCUGUUUAUGGCUGUCUUGCUUCUCUGUUAGCCCAGUAUUCUCCACAGCAACUGGCAGGACAAAGGAUUGGAGUUUUCUCAUAUGGUUCUGGUUUUGCUGCUACCCUCUACUCCAUCAAGGUUAGCCAAGAUGCAACCCCAGGCUCUUCUCUGGAUAAAAUAAUAGCAAGCCUGACUGAUUUGAAAGCAAGGCUUGAUUCAAGGAAAUGUAUCUCACCAGAAGUAUUUGCAGAAAACAUGAUGCUGAGAGAAAAAACUCACCACUUAGCAAACUAUAUCCCCCAGUGUUCAGUGGAUGACCUUUUUGAGGGAACAUGGUACUUAGUACGAGUGGAUGAAAAGCACAGAAGGACAUAUGCCCACCGUCCCAUGCUGGGUGACAAACCUCUGGAAGCAGGAGUGGAAGUUCAUCUGAACCUGGCUGGUGAGCAUAUUCCCAGCCCUGCCAAGAAAGUACCACGAAUUCCUGCAAAAAUGGACACUGAAGCAGUUGCUGUUACCCUUUCUAAUGGGGAGCACUGAGACACCUCUGUGAGGUGGAAGCUGAUUAGAUACAGGGAACAUGGGGACAUACAUGGGAUUAACCUGUUAUAAUCCACAUUCAGCUGUACAGUACUGCUUAACUGGGGCAUGAAAAAUGCUAAGCUUGACGCUCUGUUGUCUGAUGCGGUUUGUUGAUGUAUGUAGUUUAAUAACACUAAAGUUCUUGUGCUUCUUGGAACUGAAAUUACCAAGGGCUCUUUGUGAAAACAGUUUUUAUUAAAAAAAUAGUCAUGAUUCAGGAAUAGGUUAUGUAACUUCAGUUGUCCUCCUCCUCCUACCUUUUUUGACUUAAGAUCUAUAUACCAUUUUCUAAAACUAGUUUCCAGAGAAGAAGCCAGAUUUGUUAUAAAAGCCAUCAUUGAAAUCAGUUAUUGUGAUUUAAAGCCUUUCAUAUCUCCAUUUGAUCUUUAAUGUUAGGGUCCCUUGUGCCUUAACAAUAAAAAUGCCCCAAAUCUUAAAUAUGACUCUGAUUCCACUUUUCAAAAUUCCCCACAUUGAGGUCAGUCCAACUUAUUUGUUCUUCAAGGUGCUAAUAAUUGGAUACAGAUUAUUUUCAGUUAUUUCUAUCCUAUACAGAAAGCUGCAGGCAUGUAACUAUUGCUAACAUGGCUUCCAGUUGUGUGUGUGUGUUUACACUUUUGUAAACACUUGCUUCCCUUCUCCCAAAUGUUUCUGUUCUGAGCAGAUUUUCUUCAUUGAAAGUACUGUCUGAAUGGUAGACAUUUAGUUCAGAAAUAGAUGCAAAAUGAAUUUCUUGGAAACUCUCCCUUGUAAUCUUUUAUAAAGGUUACUCAAGAGUAGGGACAGAUGUUCAACCCAAGAACAACUAUCCUGGACAUUUUGUGCUGUUUUAGGGAUGUAUUGAAAGUUUUUCGGCAAGAAUAUCUGUAGCUUUACACUUGUGUAAGUUGUUUGAUAUUUCAAGCUUAUUUAACAUUUAGUUUCACCUCUGAAGGCAUACCCAAAGACUGCAGUCUCAAGCGCUUAACAGCAGACAUGCAUCUUUUGAAGACAACUCACCAGAUAUGCAUCCAGCUUGCUAGAUGUGGCUCCUAUGUUCAUUGCCAGUCUUGGACAAUAAAAACCAAGAGCAUUAGUCAAGGAAAAUAGAUUGCAGGCUGCUUUCACCUGUGGGUUCUCCUUAAGCAUAAUCCAAUGAUUUUUGUAGCUCUCCAUCACACAGUGUUUGAACCUUUGCAAAUAGAGGCUUCACUGAUGGGAUCCAUUUGCCUUUUAGGUAGCCCUGGAUGAAUUGGAACUUAAGAGAGAGAAAAUCUUCCUGGCUUGUAGAAUAUAAUGCAUUUACAUUGAAGUUUCUGUCUGUUUUUGGGUUACUUUUCCUUUAAAAUAGUUCAGAAAGCAUUGUCUAAUAAAACUUGGAGAACUAAUAUAGACUAUGCAAACAUCACAAGAUGCAUGGUUCUGGUAUUACAUAGCUUUUCUCUUUUUUAAAGUGACAAAAGUUUGGCAAUCUCUACAUCUGUAUAUCCUUUGACUUAACCUUAACUGAUUAAACUGGUGGCCUAAGUGCUAUGGGAUUCAUUUUUAUGUCAGAAAUGUAUCCAGUCCAUUGCAGGCAAUGGAUGGGCUGAGAACUGUAGCACAAAAUUAACCUUUAUGAACCUCACAAACCAAUGAGGCAAAUGCCUAGUAAAAAUAAAUGUUAAACUCUUUGAA